AUGCCGGAGGCAUCGGGUUUUGCCGGAAAAUCCGGCUUCUUUGCUAUGACUACUGACAUUGAUGUUGUUCUGCCAAGUUUCACCAACAUUGGGGAACCGACUUGCGUUCUCCCGGAGGACACUACGUCGUCAGUGGAUGUCUCCAUUAUAUACAGUAGUAUACCGCCAGACAUAAACACGGAGUCUAUGUCUCGCGCGACAAAAUCUAGUGUUGGAGGGGAAAUGCUCCGUAUUUCUAAAAGGCCGGAUGGUAAACUCAGCAUAUUUGCAUGUGAAUCGGACAACACCACUUCUCCUUCGGUUUACAAGCGUGGUCAUCACUCUGUUUGCGUGGUAUGCCAUCGAAAUAUUGCUGAUCGGGAAAUGUUUUUGAAUUUUCCUGACGAUCUGGAUAGGCGCCGUUUAUGGGGAAAUAUUUUAGGCUUUAAAUAUUCUGACAUGUUGCGGUUACGAGAUGGUUCCGUUGUACUUAGCACUGGUCAUAUUUGCACGGAUCAUUUCGCAGAAGAAUGCUUUAGGCAUGGAGUUUUUAAUUUCAACAAAGCAGCUAUUGAAGCGCUUGGCAUGCCAUCUGUACUUUCUCCUGGAGCGAGGCUAACUCCAUCAAGAAAAUGGCGAAUUUAUGAAGUGUCACGUGCGAACUGUCGGUCUUCGCUCCUAGACCCCGUAAUGAAAUGGUCAUCGUGGACCGAUCGAAACGUGUAUCUGGCGUACCAUGGCAAGUCACCAGAAGUGUUGCAGAAUUCACCCAGCUCAAGUAAUGUUGACACUAGAAUAAAACGGACGACACGUGCAGAAAGAGCGUCAUUUCGUGCUGAUAAGAAAGUGUGCGAAGCUAAAGUCACGCCUAGAGGAAGUUAUAAUAAAACGGUGGUCUCAGACAAGAUCACGCAAUCUCUGCCAACGCAGCAACGUACCACGUUCACGAUGUCGAACCGCAAUGCUCGUCGUUCACUACUUUUUCCAUCUUCUCCAGUAAAGAACAAUGUAUCGGGAACAAUUAAAGCUUCUAAAGCGUUAUCGCGCCCGGUUCUUCAACUGCGAAAACCUGUUUCGUCUCAUGCUUUCAAGCAGUCAAACACAACCACGUUACUGAGCAAUGAACAUCGAGAAAAGAAAACAGAGAAGGAAAUUACAAAUGAUGAAAAGUCUCGCACUGUUGCAAAAGUAAUUCUUAAAGCUACGUCAGCACCAUCUCAUACACUAGUCGAUGCGCUGAAUUUGUCUUCCGAAGGAGAAGGGGGAUGUUUACCAGAAGAUCCAGCAAUAACUGCGCCGCUGUUUCUAAAUAACGAUUUUUCCGAUCUGUCUGCAGCUAUCAUGCCAGAGUUUUUACAAUUACGGCAGAGUAAAACUCAGCGCCAACUUGAAUCUUUGGAAGCUAGGCUUCGUAUAUUCGGUGAUUGUUAUGGCGUUGAAAUUCCGAAGGGAUAUUCGACGAUAGAAACUCGGAGCGGUGUUCGUUUAAUUGAGGGGAAGCAAGCCCUUCGUCAUAUGACAUCUGAUCGGAUUUGCCUUCCACGAGGACGCUUUGUGCCAAUUUCCCAACGAUGA